UGUUUUCACUCAAAACGUUGCCACCUUGCAAUCUUGAUCCGCAAUGUAUUCUCAUUUCUCCGUUAUGACGGAAUGAGAGGUUACGUUUUGUCAUCUCUUUGUUGCAAAAUUUGUUGGCUGAUGAAAUGAAUUUUAUUAGUACUUGCAGUAAAGUACUUUUGAUUACGUCAAAAUUCUGUAAUAAAUCAGACAGCCAAAGAAAUCUAAAUUCUAAAAUCCUAAGUACUAUAUUAAAACGGUGUUUGUCAGCUGCGGACUGCGGUGACUGGUUGAGUGGUGAUGAGAGUGGGAAAACACGCACUCACACACUAAGAAAAAAUUAGCAAGCCAAGAAAAACAGAUUCGCUGAGAAAAAAAAGAGGAAAAAACGCCUCUUCUUCCCAUCCAGUUUCCCUUCUUUUAUGCCAUCCCCUUUUGUCCAAUUACCUCACCGGCAAAAACCCAUUACCGUAUUUGCCGGAAUAAGAAAAACCCUCUUGCAUUUUCCGGCGAGCUGCAUUGCCUCGCUUCAAAGAUUCAAUCUUUGAGUCAUUUUUGUGGCUGGAUCCCAGUUCAGUGAAAUUUAGCUCACUAAUUUUGAAGAUGAAUGUCUGCUAAGACUGAAAAGAUGUCGGUAUAUGAUGCUUCGUUUGUGAACAGUGAAUUGUCGAAGCCAACUUCAAUCUUUGGGUUGCGGUUAUGGGUUGUGAUUGGGAUUUUUGUGGGAGCUGUAAUUGUGUUGAUUCUGUUCCUAUUGUCUCUCUGCAUCACUGCCUACCGCCGCCGCGCCGGAAGCAAGUCUAAGCUUCACCACCGUCCGGGAAAAUUCUCCGGUGUUGCCGGAGCUGGAGAGCUCACCCCUGUUGUUUCUAAGGAAAUCCAGGAGAUCGUCCAUGACGCCCAUCCCGAUCAUCGUCCCAUUGUCCCUCAGGGGUUGCCGGAGAUUCAGAUAGAUAUGGGGAAGGUGGAGCACAGGGUGGUGUUUUCUGAUAGAGGGGCAUCGAGCGGAGAGAGUAAGGCAACAAGUGGGGCCGAAACGGGGUCGUUUGGUGGCAGCGGUUCGUUGCCGGAGGUGUCGCACUUGGGGUGGGGAAGGUGGUACACUUUGAGGGAGCUUGAGGCGGCCACCGAUGGGUUUGCCGAUGAAAAUGUGAUCGGUGAAGGUGGAUAUGGGAUUGUUUACCAUGGUAUACUGGCUGAUAAUACCCGAGUAGCUGUAAAGAAUCUGUUGAACAACAGGGGUCAAGCAGAGAGGGAGUUCAAGGUCGAGGUGGAAGCUAUUGGUCGCGUGAGGCACAAGAAUCUGGUUAGGUUGCUUGGGUAUUGUGUUGAAGGAGCUCAUCGGAUGCUUGUUUAUGAGUAUGUUGACAAUGGAACUUUGGAGCAGUGGCUUCAUGGUGAUGUUGGGGAAGUCAGUCCUCUGACUUGGGAUAUCCGGAUGAAUAUAAUACUGGGAACGGCGAAAGGCUUGGCUUAUUUGCAUGAUGGUCUGGAACCAAAGGUUGUUCACCGCGACAUUAAAUCGAGUAACAUACUCCUUGAUCGUCAAUGGCAUGCGAAGGUGUCAGAUUUUGGACUAGCAAAGUUGUUAAAUUCGGAGAGGACUUAUGUGACUACUCGAGUCAUGGGAACAUUUGGAUAUGUGGCACCAGAAUAUGCUUGCACUGGUAUGUUGAAUGACAAGAGUGAUGUGUAUAGCUUUGGAAUACUCAUUAUGGAGAUUAUUACUGGUCGAUCUCCUGUUGACUAUAGCAGACCACAAGGAGAAGUCAAUCUGGUGGACUGGUUGAAGACCAUGGUCGGGAAUCGAAAAUCUGAGGAAGUGGUGGAUCCUAAAUUGCCUGAAAUGCCUGCUUCAAAAGCUUUGAAACGCGCUCUUCUGGUUGCUCUUAAAUGUGUCGAUCCCGAUGCUCAAAAGAGACCCAAGAUGGGGCAUGUAAUCCACAUGCUCGAGGCAGAUGACCUUCUGGAACGAAGAGUUGGACGAGAACCAGCCGGGUCUAAGCGUGAUUACAAAGAAAAUAAUAAUGUUGGUGGAUCAAAAUCGGUCAACCACCAGCAUCGUGAAACUGCUUCUAAAUUUACGGAUAGUGACAGUGGUACGAGCCGUGACCAGCCAUCUACCUGGAGAUAGUUUCCCGGAAGGAGAAGCAUGUCAGUGAAUUUAGAUUCUCUUUUCUGCAAGAUUUUGGAUGAUUUCUCAUAAAUUCUUGAUGUUUCUCCUCUGAUUUUAGUGUCAUAGAAUCUGUAUCAUCAAUUUAUUUAUUUAUUUAUAUAGAAAUAGCAAAAUAACUUCCGAUUAUGCAUCAUCAUCUGCUGUCAUCGAAUCUCAGGUUCUUUUUGUAUAUUUAAAUCAGUUGAUUCUAUGAUACAAUUUGUAUUUCUGUAAUCUUAGGUAGAAUAUGCCAUCAGAAGGCAUAGAUUUUCCAAUUUUCAUCUUUCUUCCACAUCAUGUUUGUUAGCUUGUCUCAGUCACUAUGCUGUCCUUUGUUCUUUUAGUGCCACCAUCCAUCUCUUUCUAUAUUACAUUUUCUUAACCCAUGUAUCUAGUACAGUAUAAAACAUCCAUCAAGAUCACCGCGAGAGCGCCGUGAUCAUAGGGUAUGCCUCAGAGAGCUGCUGAUGAAGCAACUGUUUGAGAUAGGCAGAAAAUAGGUUGCUUUGAGGAUUGGAUUGAUUUGUGAUGUUGACCUUUUAGCCAGAACGUCAUGUUGAACCAAAUUCACUGCACUAGCCUUAGAAUCUGCUUAGUUUUGUGUAUGUUUUGGUUGGUGUACAAUAAAACCAGUCAGCUGAGCAUAUUCCAGGGUGGAGUUGGGGUCAUGGGUUUUGAUCCCCCGCUUUGAAUGUUUUUGCUUGCCUGGAUAACUGGACACUUUGACAAAUGACAAUGGAGACUUGCCUGUGAAGCAUGAUAAGGACACUUUAUUUGUUUUGUGAAAUGAGCUGUUUGGAUGGAUGUAUUAGGCCACUUUUGUUUUUCUGUUGUUGGUCCACCACAAUCCACAUCUCUUUUAGAGCUAUUGGCAUACAGAACAAAAUUAGAGUCCCUUUUAUAUGUUACCAUAAGCGUUUUGCUUUUUCCCUUUGAUCAGUUUAUCUCAUUAGAGAUUAAAAAAGCAAGGAAUUUAAUAACAUAAGUCAUUUGUUUUUUUAGUUUUUACUAUAACGGUGCAUGUAAAAUAUGUCGUAUAUUGCAUUUCAUAUUUUACAUUCCAAAAAGUUAGAGGCGAUCCUUUCUAUUCUUACUAAUUAUCAAACAAUAUUAUUAGGAUGUUUUGCAUUAGACGU